AGAUUUAGACUGAGAGAGAGAGAGAGAGAGAGAAAACAGGAAGGUCACAUGAGCCAGGAAGCAGAAGUGUUUUGAGAGCGUUGUCUUUGUGAGGAUGGCCGGAGGCUCGGUGUCCGAGUGUAAGGAGUACUUGUUCAAAGUGCUGGUCAUCGGGGAGUUGGGCGUCGGGAAGACGAGCAUCAUCAAGCGCUACGUGCACCAGCUGUUCUCGCAGCACUACAGGGCCACCAUCGGGGUCGACUUCGCUCUUAAAGUCAUUAACUGGGACAGUAAAACACUGGUCAGGCUCCAGCUGUGGGACAUCGCAGGACAGGAACGAUUUGGGAACAUGACCAGGGUGUACUACAAGGAGGCUGUGGGGGCAUUCGUGGUGUUUGAUGUAACAAGGGGUGCAACAUUUGAGGCUGUAUCAAAGUGGAAACACGACCUAGACAGCAAAGUGAAGCUGGCUAAUGGCAACCCCAUCCCCUCAGUGCUACUGGCUAAUAAAUGUGACCAGAAGGAGAACACCAACAACAUGGCUGUAAUUGACAGUUUCUGCAAAGAGGCAGGUUUUCUGGGCUGGUUUGAGACAUCGGCUAAGGACAACAUCAAUGUGGACGAAGCAGCACAUUUCCUGGUGGAAAAUAUCUUGGCUAACAGCAAAGGUUUGCCAUAUGAGGAGAGCAACGGAGACCACAUCAAACUGGACCAGGAGACUGUGCCGGCCGAGAGCAAAUCAGGCUGUUGUUAACAUUCAGUCCAUUCAUAUCACCAGCACUUGGGCUGAGCUUGCCAUUCCCAGUCUUUGAGAAGAGGAUGUGUUUUUGGUUUGCAGCAGUUCCGGAAUCUUUUCCUCGCUGCACUGUCAUCAGUAUAACUUACACAUCCAAAUUUAAUAUUUUACCUUUUCCAACUUGGACAUACAAGCCCAAUUUUAUCUUGACGUUACCCUGAGAAUGUUCACUACCUCUCAGUUCCGCUGAGGGCUCUUACAAAUGGACUUGACCACAUCAGAGAACAGGCGCAAACCUGGCAAAAUUGUGACGUCACAAAUGUUGCCAAAGUAACUUUGAAAAGUCACUUCAUUGGUUACUUUUUUAGUUGCUUUAUACAGUUACUUCAUUAGCAGCUUUAUGCAAUUACUUUAUUAGAAGCUGCUGACAACUUGCAACACUGGAUGUCACAAACAGCAAAUUGACCUGUAUCUCCUUCUGUCACUUUGAUCUAGUUUGGGUCCAUGCCUCUUUGUAUUUAUGCUUUUUUCUGUUAAGUGAGCCACUUCGAGUUUGAGCCUUUUCUUAACUACACGGUUGCUGUUUGUGUCUACAGUCAUUCUUCGAUUGCUCUUUAAAAUGGACCCCCCAAAAAAAGCAUUAUCAAAGUGUUACAGUAAAAAAAUAAAAAAAUCUUCCUUGUGCCAUAUUUUCUCUGAAAUGUGCCAUAAUAUUCUUUUUUUAUUUUUCAUUUUUAUAGGAAGGUGAGUUGUUGCACUUUCAAAUAUUGACCUGAAGAAUACAGUAUUUAAAAAUGUGUUGAAGGUACAGGUUUAAUGCCUCAUUGUCUUUUUCCUAGUUGUAUGAAAAUAUUGCUCUGAGUAACUUUUUUGUUGUUUUAAAUGUGUGGGUUGAUGCAUUAAAAGGUAUG